AUUAGGAAGAAAAUAUCGCAUUUCCUUCAAAAAAAAUAUCAGAUCCGAAAGAAGAAGAAGAAGAAGAGGUUGAAGAUUCUUUCUUUCUCCUUCUUCAUCUCUACCACAGGCAAACAGAGAGCCUUACGGUCUCCACAAAUGGAAAAAGAAGAAGAAGAAGGAACCCAUCUUCAGAACCAUCGCACCUGCGACUAUUGCGAGUCCUCGGUGGCUCUCGUCUACUGCAAGGCAGACUCAGCCAAGCUCUGUCUCGCCUGCGACAAUCAAGUCCACGUAACGAACCAGCUGUUCUCGAAACACUUCAGGUCACUUCUCUGCGACUCGUGCGACGACUCUCCCUCUGCCGUGUUCUGCGACACAGAAAGCUCAGUGCUAUGCCAGAACUGCGACUGGCAACACCACACCUCCGCGUCCUCGCUUCACAGCCGCAGACCCUUGGAAGGGUUUUCGGGGUGUCCUUCGGUGACAGAGCUACUGGCACUCGUGGGCCUCGAUGACCUCACUGACAAAGCUCUGUUCCUUCCUCAUCCCGGAGGAGGAUCGGAGCAGACCCCUCCGCAGAUCGUUAGCCUUAACGAUCUCGUUGCUUCCGACGGCUCGAGUCACAAUUACCGGGCCAUGGAUGUUCCUCCCCUCCCUAAGAAUCGCCACGCCACCUGCGGGAGACACAAAGAGGAGAUGAUCAGACAGCUCCGUGAACUCUCGAGAUCCGAGCCUAGUUGUCUCAAAUACGAGACCCUUGAUGCUGAUCUCGACACCACCGGAUUCCUCUUUCUCGAACCGGGAAACGAUCUGUUCUCUUCUACAUUUGAAUCUCAGGUGAGUGGACUGAAAUGGUUCGAGGAUCAACAAGAAGACUAUUAUCCGUAUUCAGAUGAUAAUAAUGUAAACCAGAGAGGCUGCUGCACUCACCAACAAGAGUCAUCGCCCGUGAUGGUUCCGGUUUCCACUAGUACUACUACGACAAGGUUGACACAUGAGAUCAACAGUCUUGAGAGAAACUCUGCUCUCUCUCGCUACAAAGCCAAGAAGAAAUCUCGAAGGUACGAGAAGCACAUCAGAUAUGAAUCACGCAAGGUUCGUGCAGAAACCAGGACAAGAAUCAGGGGACGUUUCGCUAAGUCACAUCCAUAAUAUCAUGUUGACUGAUGAUAGUGGGUGCUUGGUUUCGUAGCAGGCAGGCAACAGGUCUUUGUUUGUAAUGUCUUGUACAUCUACUAUGAGAUGAGAUGAGUCCUUUUUUACAUGUACUAUAAGCUAGGAGAAACAUACAUGUAUCAUUUCUACCAACCAAACUUGCUAUGCUGUAUAAGAAAAAGAAAAACGACCAGAGAGAUGAAAUCAUAUUCUAGAAUUAGUACAA